GACCCCAAUCAAAUUGCUCUCAAUUACACUUCUGCUUACGGCUUCACUCAGGUGACUUUUGCGCAGCUGGACUCUUAUGUCAAGGCCAAUGCAGAAGUCGCAGCGAUCUUUGGCAUGAGAAUUGGCCUGGCAGCCAUAGCUGUUCCGGCCAUAUUCUUUGUCACCAGAAACAAGAGGUCAGUGCUCUUUGUGCUUAACGAAGUGUGUAUGGCUACCAUGCUCAUCCACGGAAUCAUGACAGUCUGCACUAUGUUCGAGGCGUACCGUUCGCUUGCUUUUAAUUUUGCAGGCUACCUAUAUGUCGACAAACAUGCCUCCGAUCUUAGUGCAGCCACAAACGUCAUCUACGUGAUCCUGAUCGGCCUGACCGAGGCCUCGUUAACCUACCAAGUUCACAUUGUGUUCCGAGGCCCUUCUUUCCACUACAGGAAUGUGGGCUUUGCCAUGGUGGCAGUCUGUGGGCUUUUGGGCUUGGCCUCCACGGUGCUGUACUUCAUCUACGCAGUGAUGUCGAACAUCGCCUUAUACGACAUCAACAGCUCUGUGCCAAUGUGGGUGAUGAACGCUUCGCAGAUCUGCUAUGCCAGCUCUUCCUUUAUUAUCUCUGUUAUACUGUCCUGCAAGUUGUUUGUGGCCAUUCGGACCAGAAAGUUUUUGGGGCUGAAACAGUUUAGCAUCUUCCAUGUUCUCUUCAUUAUGGCUCUCCAAACCAUGAUUAUCCCGACGAUCUUGGUUCUAGUGUCUUUCAGAGAAGUCAAAGGCUCUGCCGGCCCAGAUAAGGCACUGAAUGCCGUUGGUACCGCUCUUAUUGCCAUCUCGCUACCACUGACUACAAUGUGGGCCAACACUGCGGUUAAUGAAACGUCCUCCAGCUCAGCUUCCAACACGUAUCUGCAGAAGGUCGAAAGCUAC